GUUGACACGUCAGCGGUGACGUCUUAUGUUGAAGUCGGUUUUAUGGAUUCAAUAAAAACCAAAACCGGAUUAAAACAAAUAUAAUGCUUGAUGCCAGUGAUUUUUGUAGAUGCACCCAAGCGGAAACCUAAACGAUGUCUCGUCCACCUCCGGAGGGAACUGCCCCAUGUUCCUCCGCCAACUGACCUCCUCCGGCUCCUCCUUCCUUCCCCGCAGCCGUCCCGCUCUCUGCAGGGCCGGCUUCAGGAGCAGCAGUGCUUCCUCCUACCUCCCCCGUUACAUCCCAGCUCCCCGUCCAUGUUGGUCGGUGCAGGGAUUUCCGCCCUGGCCUCCCCGACUCCCCCGCUCCUACCUAGCAGCCCAUCAGGUCUACUCUGGUAGGACGUUUUACUUUGGCGGUAGUUCCCGUUCGCUCCACACCUCUGCCGGUCCCAUGAUGGAGCGGCCAGACAGAGAGCCUCCUCACAAACGGAGGAAGAGUACUGAGGAGAGGAGGGGCGUCGAAGAAAGGGAAGGACACAGAGGAGGAGCAGCAGCAGGGGCGACAGGAGGCAAGGCCAAGGAUGGAGGCUCCAAGAGGGAGCACCAUCGCCUGGAUUCCAGCGCAGACAGCCGUCCUCGACCAAACCACCACUUCAAAGAUGGAAGUCGAAACCGAGGGAUGAAUGGAGCUGGAAAAGCUGUCAGUAGGGAAAACAGCAGAGAUAAACAUGCAGAAAGGACUCGAACUGGGGAUAAAGACAGACAGCGACAAGACAGCGCCGGUCGAAAUGAAACCCCAAAUCGAGGGAGGAGCGCACAUCAGCAAGGAGGGCAUAAAGAUUCACAGCCGGAAAGGUCUAGGACUCAAAUCCCCAGGUCAAAACCUGAACAGGAUACAGUUCACAUGCACAAACCCAACCCCUGGUUCAAAGAGAGGGGUACAGAGGAGCAGGGAGGGUGUGAGAGGAGGACAAAAGGACCAGAGUCAAGGGACAGAAGUAGUGAUGGAGGCCAGUGGACGGGGCUUCUUUCCCAGCCUUGCACCACCACCACCCCACCAAACCCGUGGCAGGUAGCCGGCGCCAACAGACAGCCUCCUCCACCCGGGACCUGGCCAGGUGUCAAACAACAGGAAGACUUUAAACCAGUGAAGUCUCUUCAGAGACACUGGGAGUUUUCACCUACCUGCAGUACUGAUGUCCAACCACCAGGGGACAGCACAGCGUUUGACUUCUCAGUGAUGUCCUACAACAUCCUGUCUCAGGAGCUGCUGCAGGACAACGCCUACCUGUACCGACACUGUAACCCCGGCGUCCUGCCCUGGAACCACCGGCUGCCCAACCUGCUUGCUGAGAUCCAGCACCACAGCGCUGAUAUCCUGUGUCUUCAAGAAGUCCAGGAGGACCACUAUGAAAACCAGAUCAAACCUGCUCUACAGGCACUAGGUUACCAGUGUGAGUACAAGAAGCGAACAGGAAGUAAACCAGACGGUUGUGCUGUUAUCUUUAAAACCUCCCGCCUGUCGCUCCUUUCCUUCAAUCCCGUUGAGUUUUUCCGCCCCGGUGACGCCCUCCUCGACCGGGAUAACGUGGGACUGGUUGUGCUGCUGCAACCUAACGACACCGUGGGCCAGUCAGAUCCCUCCACCUUCAUCUGCGUCGCCAACACUCACCUCCUCUACAACCCUCGCCGUGGUGACAUUAAGCUGGCCCAGCUGGCGAUCCUAUUGGCUGAGAUCAGGAAGCUGUCCUGCCUCCCGGACGGGUCGACCAAUCCGGUUGUGCUGUGUGGGGACUUUAACUCCACCCCCUGGAGUCCGCUGUACAGCUUUCUGACCACAGGCCGCCUGGAGUACCGAGGACUGCAGAUCGGCAUGGUGUCGGGACAGGAAAACAUCCCCAGAGGUCAGCGUCUCCUCACGUCUCCAAUCUGGUCUCACAGUCUGGGAAUCAACCAUCAGUGUCAGUACAGGAACAAAUCCUCUGCUGAGUCCUCCCCCAGCAGCCCCACAGCAGUAGAAGGAGCGAUCUCUAAUCUGACUGUAGAAGAUCUUGCCACUAAAGCUGCUGCUGCUGCUGCUUUUAACAGCGCGAGGAUCGAGCACAGCCUGAAGCUGCACUCGUCCUACCAGCACCGCCUGAUGCCUGAUGGGAGACCUGAGAUCACCACCUGUCACUCGCGCACAGCCAUGACCGUGGAUUACAUCCUGUACAGCCCCGAACCCAUCACACCUCCUUCACUUCCUGGUGAGCGGGGCCUCCAGCUGCUGGGCAGGCUGUCAUUGGUCGGCCAGUCGGAGCUGGAGGAAGUCAACGGUCUGCCCAGUCAGUAUCACUCGUCUGAUCACCUUCCUCUUCUUGCUCGAUUCCGCCUCCGGCGCUGACACGGCGUCGUUGGACGACCAGAAAACUGACAGUGCAGCUCAGGGAAGAUGGAUGAGUUUAAGAUGUUGAUGAAACACAGAAAAAUUACUCUUACGUUCAAGACUGGACUGAAUGAAAGGAUUAAAGUCAGUUUGCACUGAGAAGCACAGGCACUCAUUUUUUGGUUUCUCUGCAGGAAGCAAACUGUCGUAAAGAACAUUUUUCCUCAAACUCAGCUGGCUGGUAAAAUUGUGACAUCCAAGGAGAAACAUGCUCUACUCUUUACACUUAAACAAUCACAUGUGUGGGUGUAAUGUUAUGUGACUUCUAAAAACUGCAGGAAUCCUGUUGCUAAAGUGCAAAAUAUAAAAGAUUUAAUGCAGCAUCCAAAUGUUUUCUGAAUGCUCAGAUCAGACUGGUGGCUGAAUGUUUUUUAGUACUUGAGCUUUAGUUUUGUUGAAACUUUUAGAAAUUUUUAGUUUUUAAAAAAAAAAUUUAGUCUUUACAUAAUUGGGUGUCUAAUUUUCAGAUCAUCUUUAAGGCAGAAGGACAUUUCACAUGCAGAGUCCCUGUUUAUCAAGUUAGAAACUGAAAGAACAGAUUUUGUUCUUCGUAUCAUUGUCACUAAAAAUCGAUCAUUGACAGGGUAUCAAACAAUCAUCAGGAUGGUUUUAUCCCUGUUCAUGCAGUUCUCGGGAGCAACUAAGCAAUUUUUUUCACCUGUAUAUAUGUACAUCAGUUGUACACCAACAUUUAAUUUGAUGUUUAAUUGUUCCCAUGCUGUAGAGAAUAUCACAGUUUUUUUUUUUUUAUCUUGUUUGCAGGAAGGGACAGAUUUUAUUCCUAUUUUUUAAGGCGUGUACAUUAUCACUUUUCAAGUUAAAGUGCUGCUGAUGAGGAAAACCAUUUGAUAACUCUGGCCAUGAUAGAGGGGCAAAGCAACCAACACCACCCCCAGCUAUUUACAGACGGUUACUGUUGAAGUACAGUUAAGAUAUUUAGCUCCUGUCUGGAGCAACUGGUCAGUAGUGCAGCAUAGGGCUGAACGAUUUUGAAAAAGAUCUAAUUGCGAUUAUUUUGACUGAAACUGCAUUGCGGUAUGAUUUGCAAUAUUAGGGGGAAUGAUCAUUUUUUACAUCAUUGUUCUCAUUUUCAUUGAAAAACACGUAAAAAUUAAUUAGGUGUGAUUUUUGCAGGGAUCUAUACCAAACGAAGAUGUUUUCUUAAAUCUCUAGAAUAUGAUGUACGCCCUGAGAUCUCUGCAGCAUGACAACAUUUAAUUUAAUGGUAUUUUGUCACACAAAUCACUUUAAACGAAUAUUGCACCUCCUGCGAUUUGAAAAUUGCAGUAAGCCAUAAGAUUUUGAUUAAUUGUUCAGCAUCAACGUGCAUUAUUCAACAAAUGUGGCUUUCAAAAAAGAAAUAACAUUUUCAAAGGGUGCCAGUAGGUUACCAUGAAGUAUUUGGUGAUGAAAAAUACAGAGUGUAGCAUGUUUUAAAGCUUUAGACAAGAGACAAAUGUUAAAAUGGCUUUGUAAUUAAAUUUGUCAGUUUGAGGUGUGGAAGCUCUUUUCAUUCAAUUUUCAUGCACCAGUUUUAAACCUGCCCCUCUAUCAUUACCGUGGAAAUUGUUUCUUUUUAUAUUAUCCACUGUGCCAAAAACCAGUAUGUCCACCUAAAAUUAAAACACUGUACAGUAAGAAAUGAUUCCUGAUCAAAUUUGUCAAUUUAUCAUAAGAACUGAAUGUUGUAUAAUAAAACACAAUAAAACACCUGUAAAAGGUUUUGUUUUGUCAGCCAUCAAGUGUAAACGGUACUGGAGUCAGAAUUUAACUUUUUUUCUAUAAUUUAACAUAAUCAGCAAAUAACAAGUGGAUAUAUUUUUCUAACAUUUUGGAAAGAGAUUUUUGGACAGUUUACAGUGUGUAAAUAAAGGUUGUGUGUUUACAUGUUUA